AAAAGUGAAAAAACAAAACACCAUCACCACAAAGGCACAAAGAUAAACCUCCUUGUACUCCUCCCAUAACCAAACCUUGAAUGAUCUUUUAGCUAAAACCCUAAAACAAAAUUCACCCAAAACUAACCAACCAACCAAAAUGUUAAUCCACUCAACCCUUUCCCAAUCUCCACCACACCCACACCCACACCCACAGCUCAUCUCAUUCUCAUCAUCUUUCUCAAAUUCAAUCUAUUUCCUAUCUGGGUUCCCAAAAUCUCAUCUCAAAACAUCCCAUUUCAAACCCCCCAUUAUCAUAACAAAAUGUUCAUCAUCAUCAUCAUCUUCAUCUUCUUCAUAUGUGUCAAAUGUGUAUAACUAUGGGGCAGUUGACUAUGAAAAGAAACAAGGGACAACUGUUACUUGGAAAGCUAUUUAUAAGAGGAUAUCAAUGAUUGGGAGUAGAGAAAAAGGGUCAAGUAGUGUUUUGAAUCAGUGGGAAAAUGAAGGCAAAUCUGUUACUAAAUGGGAACUUUGUAGACUUGUUAAAGAGUUGCGAAAAUAUGGCCGUUUUAGACUUGCUUUUGAGAUAUAUGAGUGGAUGAAUAAAAGAGCGGAUAGAUUUAUUAUGGCUCCAAGUGAUGCUGCAAUUCAAUUAGAUCUAGUAUCUAAGAUAGAUGGCAUUUUAGGUGCAGAAGAUUACUUUAAAAAUCUGAAAGAUGAUCAAAUAGACAAACGUGUCUACGGGGCUCUCUUGAAUGCUUAUGUGCAUGCUAGAAAGAAAGAAAAGGCUGAGUCCUUAUUAGUUCAAAUGAAAGAAAAGGGCUAUGCUAACCAUGCACUUCCUUAUAAUGUGAUGAUGACUCUGUACAUGAACCUUAAGGAUUAUGGUAAAGUAGAGACACUCAUUUCAGAAAUGAUGCAGAACAACAUACCUUUGGAUCUGUAUUCUUAUAGUAUUUGGAUAACAUCUCGUGGGUCGGAAGGAUCUGUAGAAAGGUUGGAAGAAGUGUUUGAAAGAAUGAAACAAGAUAUGUCUGUUAAACCCAAUUGGACUACUUAUAGUACUCUUUCUACGGUCUAUAUGAAGCUUGGAGAGCUUCGAAAAGCAGAAGAUUGUCUUAGACAGAUAGAAACCAAGAUUAGCGGGCGUUACCGGAUUCCUUACCAUUAUCUUCUGAGUCAUUAUGGUAGCAUUGGGAGAAAAGAGGAAGUUAAACGGAUUUGGGAAACUUAUAAAACAGUUUUCCAGUAUAUACCAAACAUGGGUUAUAAUGCAGUAAUUUCUGCUUUUGUUAGAAUGGAUGACAUUGAAGAAGCAGAGAAUCUCUAUGAUGAAUGGCUAUCGGUCAAGACAACUUACGAUGCAAGAAUUGGGAAUCGUUUAUUGGGUUGGUAUGUUCGACAAGGAUAUACAGGGAAAGCUGAAUCGUUUUUUGAAGAAUUGUUGAAAACAGGGAAAGCAAAUUCCAGCUCAUGGGAAAUUAUCGGUGAAGGUCAUAUUAAAGACAAGAGACUUUCUGAGGCAUUGGAUUGUUUUGAAAAAGCACUUUCACAUGAAGAAUCACGGUUUUGGAAACCAAAACCAGUAAAUGUUUCAUUGUUCUUCAAGCUUUGUGAGGAAAAACAGAAUGAAAAGGGAAAGGAGGCUAUGUUGAGAAUUUUGAGGGAAGCCGGUGCUCUUGAUGAUGAAUUAUUCAUGUCGAAGUUGACUUUUUCUAUAGAAGAAACUUCUAGAAACAAACUGCUGACUGUUAAAGAAAGUGAAGAUGAUGAAGAUGAAGCUGAUUCGUUUCUAAAUGAUUUGCAGGCUAAUGGUUGAGAAAGUUUCCCAUUUGGAACAUUAAUUUUGGAAAUGUACACAAGAGUCCGCAGAGGUUAUAUUUCACUCAUUAUGUGAUAAGUUUGUUUUGAAUUAGGUUUUACAUGCUUUAACUUUAAAGAAAUGUAAUUGGAAAUCUGAACUCUGAAGUUCGCUUCAGGGCUUUCACUUAGUUUGUGAAUCUCACUUUCUGCAUCUGAUGUUGUAUAUUGCUAGCGGAAAUCAUACCUGUCUGCGGCUUUGACUUGUACUCUGAAUGUAGCCUGGGUUGGGUUCGCGACUCAAAUAUUUUUUUUAGCAUA